UCUCUGCCGAACAGCUGACGCCCACGUGGUGCAGAGACUAGGCACGAAGGGCGCGCUUGAGCAUCUACUGCUUUCCGCGGAGCUGCCACCUGUACUCCAGUCCGGAGCUCUCAGAGAAGACGUUCGGUAGGCUACAACAACGAUGGGUGUAAUUUCUUUCACAUUCACGAACUAUUAAUAAAAAUUGUGAUAUAUUUGUAGCAGAAAUCAGAUAGCGUUCUAAUGACAGUGAGUGACGUAUUAGUUGUAUAGUGGAACUGACUCUGACGAUAUUUGGAUCGCAUAUGAUGAUUAGUGAGACACUAUAUGUAUACAAUGGAAAGAUUCAGUUAUAACGCACUGUGACGUCGGGAAUCGGCGAGCGGUGUUGCGGAUCGGAUUGUCUGUUUAGUUUGAGUAGAUUAAGCAUUGGACUAAGACACUUUCCUCAGAGUGAGCAAAAAGGACAAGGAGAAAGCAAAAAAGGUGGGAAUAGAAAUAAAGAGGUGCUCGUCUUUGUUGUGCGCCUGCUUCUGCAAUCGAAAGUUAUUCCCGCACUGUGACAUAUUCCGCUAUCAGGUGGGCGUCGCGCGGCGAAUUCCUCACAGCGCCGCCGCUAGGGGGAAACGGCGAAGGUAUACAGCCCAACAGGCACCGGACGAGAAGACGGGGAGAAGAAAAAGGAAACUGCGCCAAGGGGGCGUUCACCGGCGCCGUUAAAACUUGAAAACCAAGUCGGGCGGAACCCGGUCGCGGGCCAAUGUGCUCGCGGUGCGCCCGCGCAGGUCGGCCAAUAGCGCGCGCCGCACGGCUGUAGGGCGGACGCCAUUGGGCCGCGCGCCGCCGGCGGGUGGUUCCCAGUGACAGCUGAGUGUGAAGGGAGGGGCCGCGAGGGAGCGUGUGGUGGGGGGCGACUCCGAAGCCAGCUGCGCUUCCUGGGCUGAAAAGUACGGAUCCCCCCUCCACUGCGGCCGCCUUCCCCACCGGGUCCGCGGGCCGCGCGAGCAGCGCUGCUGCCGUUUUUAUUUAUUACUUUUGUGACUGCCGUAAUAUAGUACUUCUUUGUAGGAAGGCGAGCCAGUUGCCGCAGGGGUAUUGACGUCCGCGGCGUCCGAAGCUGCGGGAGAGAGGAGAGAGAGAGAGAGGAACGAGUGUCGUUGUGCUGUGCGAGAGAGACUUGCCGUGUGAGAAAGAGAGAGAGGGAAGGAGAGGAGAGGAGAAGAAGUGAGGGAAGGAGGCAGAGACGAGGAGGAGGACUGGGAAGGCGUUGCGCUUUCGCCCGCGCGCUCUCCUCGCAUCCUUCUUUUUUUUGUUAUUUUCCGUCCGUCGUCCGCGCGACGGCCGGUGUUCAGUCUGGACGAAAAGAAGGCGCGAGGUGCGUCGUUUUUGUCUGUGAUUUCGCCGACGAGUCGGAGCAGAAGUCGUGCACAAUAGCCGGGCAGAAGCACAGUGGUCGCGACGCGAGCCGCAGCUCCCCUCCAAUCGUGUGUAGGCUGCCCCCACCCGGCGGCCCGGCCGACCCGCGGCCGGCAGACACACACGCGCCACACUCACUGCGCCAGCAGCGACCGCGUGGCUUUUGCCCCUACGACUGCGAGCAGCGACUCGACUCCGUGCCCGCAGCUGUGCGACUGUGUGUGUUGUGUGACUGACAGCAGCGGCAUGGCGCUACCAGCCGGCGCAGGACGCGAGUGAUAUGUUCGGUGCUUAGGUGUCUGGCGCGCGUGUGUAUGUGAGAGCGGACAGUGGACAGCUACGGCGCCUCUUGGAUGAGUCAGACUCUGGCCUGUAACAUGAGCAUGGAUUCGGUGAUGGACUCGUCGUCGACGAACAGCGAGCACAGCAGCAACGCUUCCUCGGCGUCGCCGCCGGUGGUGAUCAAGCCGCCGCUGACGCCGCCCCCGGUGCCCGGUGGUGGCGGUGGCGGCGGCGCGGGGGCGGGCACGCCUCUGCCACCGCAGCCGCCGCCGGGCAUGCCGCAGGUGCCACCGCAGCAGUCGCCGGGCCCGGUGCCGCCUCCGCCGCCCCCGACCGGCGACAGACCGCCGCCGCCUCAGCAGCAGCAGCAACAACAGCAGCCGCCGCCCCCGCCGCCACCGCAGCAGCACAGCCCGCUGAGCAUGGUGCGGCACCCCGGAAGCCCGCCGGGGGCGGCGCCGCCCACGCCGGGCCAACAGCUGAGCCCGCCGCCCGUGUCGACGCCGAGCGCGAUGGGCGGCGGAGGCCCGCUGUCCCGCAUGCCGCCGCUGCCGCCGCCCAGCCUGGGGCUGCUCAACAGCCUGGGCGGCGCCGGGCUGAUGCACCACUCGCCGCUGGACCUGAUGGCCGCCGCCCACCACGGCGCCGGCGGCCCUCCGCGGUCCUACAACUCGCCGCCGCCCAUCUCCACGUCGGACCCGACGGCCAACGAGUGCAAGCUGGUGGACUACCGCGGCCAGAAGGUGGCUGCUUUCAUCAUCGCGGGCGACACCAUGCUGUGCCUGCCGCAGGCGUUCGAGCUGUUCCUGAAGCACCUGGUCGGCGGCCUGCACACCGUCUACACCAAGCUGAAGCGGCUCGACAUCGUGCCGCUCGUCUGCAACGUGGAGCAGGUGCGCAUCCUGCGAGGCCUCGGCGCCAUCCAGCCGGGCGUCAACCGCUGCAAGCUGCUCUCCUGCAAGGACUUCGACGUGCUGUACCGCGACUGCACCACCGCCAGCUCGUUGUCCUUUCGCUGUCGAAGAAACGCGCUCAUGCCCUACUUCAAUCAGCAACUUUGCCCUCGUCGGGAUACGAACCAACAGAACGACUUAGACGAAGCGGGCAACCCGUUCCACCACCAGCUCGCCUCCAGGCCUGGGCGGCCGCCGAAGCGGGCGUCGGUGGGGCUGAGCAUCGCCGCCUCGCACCUGGCGCCGCACCACCACGCGCUCAAGAAGCACCGCCUCGACAACGGCGACUACCCCGGCUACGAGAACGGACACCUCGCCGCGCCUUCUGUCGGAGAGCCACUCGCUGACCGCCUGGUGUUUCUGUGUGCCCGCGCAGAGCCGCCGCGCAUGGAGAAGUCUCCGCUGCUGGCCAACGGGUACAACCAGCCGCCGACGCACCUCAAUCACAUGCAGUUCCUGCCGCUCAACCACCACCCCGCGGCGGCGCACACGGCCAUCCUGUCUCCCGCGGGGCUGCCGCACCACGGCAUGCAGCGCGCCGACGGCUCCAUCAUCAAGGGCCAGCCCGCCAUGCCCGGCAUGGAGGCCAUCGCCAGGUCCGGUAUUUGGGAAAACUGUCGGGCUGCCUACGAAGACAUCGUCAAACAUCUAGAAAGGCUCAGAGAAGAGCGCGGCGAGACGGAACGGGCCUUGGCGUUGGACCACAAGGUGCGAGACCUCAGUUCGCACAACGGCUCGAGCAACGGCCACUCGCCCGUGUUGAACCUGAGCAAGAGCGGCGCGGGCUCCGGCGGCGAGCACUCGGGCAGCGAGGCGGGACACACGGCCGAGCCCGACGACGAGGAAGACGACGAGAACGUCAGCGACGUCGACGACGACGACGACAAGGAUGCGGGCGAGCUGAGCGACGCGGGCGAGAUGGCGGGCCCGCACCCUGGCUCGGAGUCCCCGCACGCGCUCAACUACUCCGCGCUGGGGGCCGCCGGGGUACCCACCGCCGAGGGAGUCUCUUCCACGGAGACGCUGCUGCGAAACAUCCAGGGGCUGCUCAAGGUCGCCGCCGACAACGCGCGCCAGCAGGAGCGCCAGAUCAACUACGAGAAGACCGAACUGAAGAUGGACGUUCUGAGAGAACGCGAGGUUAAGGAGAGCCUGGAACGCCAGUUGCUGGACGAGCAGAAGAUAAGGGUGCUGUACCAGAAGCGGCUGAAGAAGGAGCGCAAGGCGCGCCGGCGGCUCCAGGAACAGCUGGAACUGGAGAUGAAGCGGCGGGCGCAGCUGGAGGAGGCUCUCAAGGCGAGCGGCGCCGCGCCGGACACGCUGCGGGUGCUCAGCACCUCGUCGCUGCAGUCCGCCAAGCCAGAGGGCAGCGGCGCCGGCGCCGGCUCUGGCGGGGAACACCGCGUGCCCGCCGACCAAUCGGAGCCCGCCUACCCCCGGCAGCCGCCCGCGCACGUGCCGGAGCCACCUAGCGAGAAGCAGUGGAACUACUCGGGACUGGACCUGAUGGGCUCCGGGGCGGCGUUCUGGCAGAACUACUCCGGUCAGUACCAGUACCACAAAUACUUGCCGGCGGUGACGGAGUCUCUGGCACAGGAGCUCGAGUUAGAGAGAAAAUCGCGCCAGCAGCAACAACAGCAGCAACAGCAACAGCAGCAGCAACACGCCGAGAGGGACGUCAAGUCGCCCCUGCAAGAAUCACGUGCUGGAUACUACAAGAAUUCAGUUCUGUUCACGAGCGCAACCUAGUUCGGCCAGUGGGGGCAGUAACGUACCAUCCACCAACUGGAUGCCGGUUACGUCUUACGAUGAUUGGGUUGCCUUUGAUUUUUGCGACAGUGUUAAUGCAACUUAACGCUACAUAGUGAUUUUGCGAAAACAGAAGAGGAAAGUUAGUAGAUCUCACAGUUUUAACGUAGGUACGAGUUUAGUGGUAAGCACUGCCUCAGUACGGGAAGAAAGACAUCUUGUUUUUAAGUCUGAGAAGAAACGGAAAUAUAGAACUCUGUAACUACAGUGUGAAAUCGUACGCCACCUCAAGUGCCGAGCAACAAAUUGGACACACAGUGGCUUAGCGUAUGGUGUUAUAUUGACUGUGGGUUAGCUGAAAGCGUUUCCAGGUGAUAUGAUUUGGAUCCACAGGCGACUUGCUAUUCAUUUCGAUGAAACGCAGAGACAACCAAACAGUGAAAAAUGUACUUAUCAGAUUAACAUUUAUUUAUUUAUUUCACGAUGUGUUUUCCACCGACGGAUACGACGAGAUGUCUUGAUACGUACAUUACAUGGCCCCUGUGAAGUUUGCAAUUGCUUGCUGCUAUUUGUAACACUUGUACUGGGGUCGGGAAAGGCAUGCAGACUUAAGAAAUAGCGUUGCCGAGUGUUUGUAAACAGAAAAAGUUUUUACGUGACUGUUAUUAUUAUCAAAUACUUAAGUUAUAAAGAAGGCUGUUACAUGCAUUGUCGGUAAAACUCUCGUUUUACCUACACAGCAAAGGCUGGUUAGAAGUAAUUAAAUGCAUUGAAAUGUUUAACAUGUUUUCAAGCUUUUCCUACUUAACGGGCGUUACUUGAUUGUGCUUGAGUUUUGGAGAUGAACUAUUGCGUCCGAUUUCUAAGAACUAGUAGCAGAUGGAGACCACAUAUCGUAGAAGCUCUUGAAACUGGUUCUAGAUUUUCGGGAAGGUGAUGUGUAAUGAAUAUAUCUACGAGACAGAACUAAUACAACUGACUGUAUGAAUAUAAUAACAUACUUAUUAAUUAUAACUUAUUAUACAUCUUUUAAACACUGUGUGAGUGGAAAGACGACUUGUGAAGGUGACUUUCUGUAUGACAGUGCAAAUUAAAUUAGAUAGCUUACCUGGAUUGUGAAAGUUGAAGUAGUUACUGUUCAAAUGCAAGAGCAAAAUAAACUGCAAAUGAAAGAAUUCUGCAGUUAAUAAGAGGGAUAUCUGACAUCCUUCAACUGCAUACUUGAUGUGUACAAAAAAAAUUAAAAUGUGUGAAUGGGAUGAUAAAUUUCGUUCAGAAAAGAUUUUAUGUAGCUAUUUAUGAUUGAGUGAAAAGAGGCAUAUUGAAAUGAUUGUGAACUUGAUUUUAAUGUAAUACACACGAAUCAUCUUGUAGUAAAUAAUUACUAUAUUAUCUAUAUUACAAAUAUAUAUAAACAAAGUAAUAGGCUUCGUAAUUCCUUGUAAAUGGUUGUUAUUACAUGCAUUUAAAUGAGUAAAAGGAACAAAUUCUCUUUGUACAUGGUAGUAUUUCAUAAAACAAAACUGGCUUCUUAUUUCUAAAACCCAUUCUUCAGAUAUCUGCCGUAGUAAUGUAAAACAUUAUCCUCUGUAUAUUGUCAGUGUUGCACAAUAACAGUCUAGUAUUAAAUAGAGGAACUGUAAUUAAUUGUAUGGGAUUUUGAGCAUGCUGUUAUAAUUUUCCAUAGUUUCAUCUACUGCAUGUCUAAGGUUUAACACCUAACAUUAACUUAUGGUACACAAUAUAAGAUAACUAUCAGUCAAAACAAAUAAUAAUCCGAAAGUGCGAAAGUAAUAACUUUCUAGUAAGGACUGUGUAUUGUUGUACCAUUUGUAAUGUCUGUUUACACAUAGAUUUUUCUACAAGCUUUUGAAAAUAAUUUUAGAACUUCCUUUAUUUAGCUCAUUAUGCUGAGUACUGGUACUUUAAAGUUUAUUCUUUAUGAUUUUUAUAAUUUCUUUCAAAUUAGGCAAAUUUAGUUCUGAUUCUAAAACCAUAUAAGUAUAUAAUACAAAUAUAUUUAUAUGUAUGAACAUUACAUUUCAUAUGCUUUCGAUUGUGGAGGUGUCGUCCUAUAUAACAGAGCGAUUUUGCAUGCAUAUGCACCGAAAUAAAGUCAUUGUUUUAUAUCAAACCUUAAAUUUAAUGAUAUUGUAAAAUGAUGGUGAUAACUAAUAAACCCCUGCAAUGUAUUGGUGUCUGCAUGUGGCAUCUCUAGAUUACAGUUGCUUCUUGUUCCCUAUUUGCAAAUAAAAGAAUUUGUUAUGUGUUAAAUUGUAACUUUUUGUUGUAUAUCAGUACAACCCACUAGCAACUUCUUUCACAAAAUAAAAUGACUCUGCAACAACUAUAAUUUUCAACACCAGUAUACGGUUCUGUAGACAAUCACAUUCAUAUCUGAUUGCUCCACUGAAAUCUUGAAGGAGAAACUGCAGGAAAAGUUUUACAUAGCCUAUUCCUUUCAAAUACAUCAUUUUUAGUUUCAUAAAUGUAAUAUUUAAAGUGUCUCAAAUUGACAUGUUUGUGUUGUUUUGUACCGAAGUGUUUCAGUUAAACUUUGUGUAAGCGUAUGUUAAGUGUCAGAAAAAAAUAACAAACUGCUACUGUACUUAAGUGAUUUAACUAUAUUCGGUUUCAAAAUAAUUUGUGUUCUGAAAUAAUAAACACUUUAUUACUGA